AUGAUCUACGAAGACCUGCGGGCGAUUCACGAAGAUGUCGAGCGCCUCGAACAGGCGAUAGCAGACCGAGUGGGCGAAGAUCCCAAGCACAUCCGCAGUCGACUCAUCCGCGACCACGAAAUCUCAAACUUCCUUGAACGAAUCGAACGCCAAUCGCAACGAGCCCUGCAGAUCUACAACGAAGAACAAGCAGCACGGUUACAAGAGGUACAGGCCAUAAGUACAGGCGACACAUAUGCGACCUUUUACGAGGAGUACGGCAAGAUCAAGGACUACCACAAGCGAUAUCCCAACGAGCCAGUGGAGAACCUCGAGCGUGCAUACAACAGGGUGGAAGAUGGCGGGCCCCCAGGCGGCUUCGCAGGCGACAUCGAUGCCAUGUUCACUGGUGAGGAGGCUUCGGGACGAUUCUUCGAUCUGACUAUGCUCCACGAGGAGUACCUCAACCUGCCCGGCAUAAAAGGCGUGCGGAAACUCACAUACUUGCAAUACCUGGACAACUUCGAUGCAUUCACACCUCCCAAAUGCAACAUCAGCCGGCAGGACAAGAUGACUGACCAGUUCUUCUCAUACGUCGGAGCAUUGGCGCAAUACCUCGAAUCAUUCCUCCGUAAGACGAAGCCCCUUGAGGAUCUGGAAAAGCUGUUCAGGAGCUUCGACGAUGAGUUUGAGCAAGAAUGGGAAGCAGACAAGGCGCCAGGCUGGCAAGUACAGGCAUCAUCGAAUGCAACGACUUCGACUGGGCCAGUCACAGAAGGUACCGGCGAGGGCAUAUGGUGCGCUGACUGUCAGAAAGAGUUCAAGAAUGACAACGUCUACAAGGCACAUCUUACCGGCAAGAAGCACAUCAAGAACGCAGAAGCGCGGGAGAAGGCGCAAAACGGCGGUGAUUCAGAGAUGGCGGGCGCACCCACAAAUGGUGCAGCGAACGGAUCGCAUGCUCUCACACGACUAAAAGAACGCGCCGUUGCAGAGCGUGAGCAUCGCGUGCGCAAGCUAGCCGCCACCAUGAAGACCGAACGCGAAGACACAAGAGUCAACGUCGAGCGCAAAGCCGGCAUGACCGACAAGGAGCGACAACAAGAACUCGCCGAGCUCUACGCCGAAGACCAAGAAGUCGCGGGAGCCACCACCGGCGCCGCCGAGGACGAAGACGACGCAGACGGCGAGAAAAUCUACAACCCUCUCAAACUCCCCCUCGCCUGGGACGGCAAACCCAUCCCCUUCUGGCUCUACAAACUCCACGGCCUCGGCGUCGAAUUUCCCUGCGAGAUCUGUGGAAACUACGUGUACAUGGGACGACGCGCCUUCGACAAGCACUUCUCCGAAGCCAGGCACAUCUAUGGCCUGCAAUGUCUGGGCAUCACGAAGAACACGGGACUUUUCAGGGAGAUUACGAAGAUCGAAGAGGCGGAGAAGUUGUGGGAGAAGCUGGAACGUGACCGCGCAAAGGACCUGGAGAAGAAGGGUGGGUUGGAUGGAGAGGGUGUUGUGGAGAUGGAGGAUGCGGAGGGAAAUGUCAUGCCCAAGAAGGUUUAUGAUGAUUUGGAGAAGGCUGGCUUCUUGUAA